AGAGGAAGGGAGAGAUGCCUCUGAUUAGAGGGAAAGUCCUGCUCAUCCUCGGAUUCGUCUUCCUGACAACUUUCCUGGCUGCGGUGAGAGGGCUGCCCGUGAGGGGGAAACCGCGCGGCAAUACCCCGAAGGAGAGGAGCUCCAAGCUGGCGGAGGUGUCAGCGUCAUCCGGCCUGCGCUCCGCAGGGCACGAGGAGCUGUCCCCGCCGGGCAGGCCGCGGGGGCUGCGGCGCAGCGGGCAGGCCGGCCCGCGCCGGCACAGGCGCCGAGGGCUGCCUCAGCAGGCUGCCAGGAGCCCUGUGCUGCCCCAGCCCAGUGCUGCUGGCCAGGAGGAGAGCCUGCCCUUCAUGCUGGACCUGCAGAACUUGCCGGGGCUGGCCAACGUGGACCUGAGUGCCCAGAACCCCAACAUCCAGGUGACCAUUGAAGUGGUGGAUGAUCCUCAGGCUGAGAUGGAGAUGGACUUGUUGAAGGAGACAAGCAAUGACUGGUCUCUGACAUCCUCUGAGUGGCUGUCUCACAAGGACCUAUUCUGGCCCCUCUUCUGGGAAUACACUGACCCUGCUGAGGGGGAGGAGGAGGAGGAAGAUGAAGAGGAGGAGGAAGAGGAGGAAGAGGAUGACAACCUGGAUGUAGGGGACAGGGAAGAAGAAGAAGAGGAUGAUGAUGAAGAGGAAGACUACACAACAGAUUAUGAGGAGGAGGAGUCCAUGCUUAGUGGAGUAGGUGGUAACUGGGACCAGCCAUGGCCCGGGCAGAAAAACUGGAUCUUUAAGGAAAAAUACAAUUACGACUAUGAAGAUGAGGAGGAGUGGAGCCCAUGGUCCCCUUGCAGCAUCACCUGUGGCAGUGGCAACCAGAAGAGGACCCGCUCCUGUGGCUAUGCCUGCACAGCGACAGAGUCGAGGACCUGCGAUCUGACACACUGCCCUGGAGCAGAAGGAGAGAUGGUCUUCCCCACAGAGGAGACGCCUUUCAAAAGCGAUAACACCACAGAGCUGUUCAACUCAGAGGUGGACAGCUGCGAGAAGUGGCUGAACUGCAAGAGCGACUUCCUCACCAAGUACCUGAGCAAGGUGCUGACGGACCUGCCCAGCUGCCCCUGCUCCUACCCGCUGGAGGCCGUCUACAGCGCCGUCAACCUGCGCGACGAGCAGCGGGGCAAGAGCUUCCGAUGGCGGGACGCCAGCGGGCCCAAGGAGCGCCUGGACAUCUACAAGCCCACGGCGCGCUUCUGCCUGCGCUCCAUGCUCUCCCUGGACAGCACCACGCUGGCUGCCCAGCACUGCUGCUACGACGAGCACACCCGCCUCAUCACCCGCGGCAAGGGCGCCGGCGUCCCCAACCUCAUCAGCACCGAGUUCUCUCCGGAGCUGCACUACAAGGUGGACAUGCUGCCCUGGAUCCUCUGCAAGGGGGACUGGAGCCGCUAUCACGCCGUCCGGCCCCCCAACAAUGGCCAGCGCUGUGCUGACAACCCCGCCGAGGAGGAGUACCUGUCCCAGCUGCAGGAGGCCAAGGAGUACUAGCACAGCCACUCUCAAAGGGGCCACCACCGCCACUGGCUGUGUCCCUGCGCAGCCUGGCCAGCCCUGCCCUGCCGGUGGGCUCCUCAGCGGUGCCAGGCAAAACGGGGAGGAUGCGCCGCCUGUCUCAUCCCCUCAGAGGAGUCUCCUCCGAUUUCUGAAGGUGCUGGAGGUUCUUGUGGUGCGGGCCCUGCCGUGCCACCCAGGGCAGUCCUGCAUCCCAGGGCUCCUGGCCUGGCAUGUGGAAAGCAGCAGGGGCUGGGAGGUAUAAAGGGAGCAAGGGGCUGCUCCUGGCUGCUUUUGUUCUCUAUGACCUUCCAACGCAGCCUGAAAGCUGAGCACAGGGUGAAGAGGGCUCAGCUUCUGCUGGCUUCAGACCACACCUGAGGAGCUGCUGCAGGCAUGGCUGCCUGCUCUGGUCUGUACACCUGCCCUGGUUUAUGUCUGAAACUGGGGAUAAGUCUUCUAGAGAGUGCAGGGCUGUUCCAGCCAGGCAUACAGAGCCAGGCCCCCCAUCCUUGGGUAUGUGCAUGCAUGGUUGGGAAGGAGCAGGGAAAGGAUUAUGGAUCUAUGGGUCUGGGGGAGUGGGCUGGAGGGGCAAUGGCUGCCUGGGCUUGCUUGGCAAGAUUGCCUAGGCACCAGGGUUUUGGCUGCCAAAGCUACACAUAGGUGAACCUCAGAGGAGGUGAGCAUGGGGACACCACCUUGUGUGCAUUUCAGCCCCUCUGCUGUGGUUCUUGGAGGAACAGGGUGUUAGCAUCUGGGCAAGUCACAGCACUAGCCCUCUCCCAGACCUUGGCCCCUUGGCAGUCCCCAGAGGGUCUCAGGAGCACCUGUGACACAGCCCAAAAGAAAGUCCUGUGUUUCCCACUCACAGCCACUGCUCAUGCCAUUGCUGGUGAGGAGCAAAAAGCACUGAGCCAAGCUAGCCCUGCUCCAUGCUGAGUCUGCCCAUGGCCCCAGCUGCUCCAGUCUGUGUCUGCCCAAGUUCCCACCUGGAGGCAGCCCAGACAAACCGAGCCAUGGACCCCUCGGGCUCGCUUCCAGGCCAGGCUCACAAAUGUGGCUCCAGAGGAGGAAGAUACACGUGCUAAUAAUGUCAAUAGCUGGUGUCCACAGAUCAGGGAUCGUGAUGCUCUCUGUUGACACUUUGAUUUUGCCUGGGUUUUAUUCAGCUUUUCACAGGUCCAUGGCAGUGUCUCCCAGCAUAUUUUGGAAGCUUUUCUGCAGAGAAACUAGGCUGAGCACCUUUGUCCCUGGACAUUCAGUUGCUGAACUGGCAGAAAAUUUAUAGCUUUUAUUUAAGAAAUUUUAUACAUCAGGGGAAAUAAAAGUCAAGCACACAUAAAGAAGAAUAGAGUCAUUUCUACUCUAGAGGUUUCAUGCAAGGCUGCUAGCUACUCCAUGUACUUCUGCAGGGCACUGUUGAAUGAAAAAAAUGGUUGCCGAGGUCCUUAGUUGACCAUCCUGUACUGUCUGUCCUUUUUACAGGAGCUUUCUCCAGCCUCAGUGAAUAUUCUUGGUCUGAAAGCUCUUUGGGGAGUCUUUCUGGGAGUGUCUUUGUAUCUGUUGUGUGUAUGUUGAUCCAUUUGCCUUGGUCACUGAUAGAAUAUUGCAUCCUUGGUCAUCCAUACCUAAGACUUCAUAGCUGGUAAAACAAAAGUAUUAAUGAAGUUAUCGCUGAAUUAUUCUUACUCAACUGUUAUUACACCCUCGUAUCCCUAGAGUCUGGAUAUGGGUUCUAUCAAAAUACAGGCAGACAUCAUCCAUUUCCCAACAGACAUGCAGUCUGAGAUGCCCAGUGUUCUGUGAAUGGUGAGAAGGAAGAGAACCAGAUAAGCAUGGAUGGAGACCUUGGAACAUUUCCAUGAUCACUGCAUGUUCCCUGGCCAAGACAGUCAUUCACUCACUAGUUUCUGGCAAAGAGGUAGGUCAUGCAGAGGUGGUCAAAAGGGGUGACGGUGAUCUGGUCGCUUGGUUCUGGGAGCCAGGGAGCCUCAGCAAGACACAUGGAAGCAAAGGAAGCCAUGAGCGUCUGAAGCCAUGGAAGGAUGAGCUUGUGAGCUGCAGUCAUUCAGCAGAGCAUAUUUCUAUUUGCAUGCCAUAUGGCAUCAUUAACUUCACCAAACUCCCAGUGGAGUUUGUUUAUUUACCAUCAGUGCAGACUUCUUUAAAGAACCUCCUGUUGAACGUGCCUCAUGUUCAGUAUUGGACCCAAGCAUGGAAGCAGGACUUUUACAAUCAAUCUUUCUUGAAGAAGGCUUGCAAAAGCUCAGCCAAUUUGUUUGUUAGACUAGCUGCUCUCUAUGGAAGUGCUCUUACAGUGAGAGUGUUACCCACGAUCUUUACCCUCCUCUUUACUCUGGCUAUGUCAACCAGUCUAACCCCCAGAAAAAAAACUUGGAAUUUCUGUAAGAACUGGAGUUCCUCUCCAAGGGCAAGUAAAAAAAUUUCUUGCAUUGAUACUCUCCCCUUCCCUGACGUCCCCACAAAAGCUAGUCGAGAGCCAAGUAGCUGUUCUGCUUUGCUGCCUCUGUGUUUUGGACAAUACAGGCAUGAACUGGAGCAUGAGAAACAAGCACUGUUGUUCCUCAUACAAGCACCUUACUCGCCAUGAGGCUCUGCAGAACACCGUGAGAAGAGUAGACGUUAAGCAAGUGUUUAUUUUUAUAUCCCAUCAAAGAUUCUGUCCAGCCCACUGCUAUUUAAGUGAUGAAACUCUAAGCUUUCACUCCUUAA